AUGCGUUACGCAGCCUUGACUCUGGCCGCUGCUGGCCUGGCUUCUGCCCAGACAUUCUCCGCUUGCAAUCCCGUCAAGGGUGACACCUGCCCUGCCAACACCGCUUUUGGCGGCGAAGCCAGCUAUGAUUUCCGCACCGCCAAGAACAUGAACGACCUGGAGUCCUUCUUCAUUGUCGACGGCGGCGUCAAGUACAACCCCAAAGUCCUGUCAUUCUCCGCCGACACGGGUUGCGAAAUGACCAUCUUUGAGGAGAACAACGCCCCGACUCUCACCUCAAAGAACUACCUCUUCUUCGGCAAGGUUGAAGUCGAACUACAGGCCGCCCCCGGUCGCGGCAUUGUCACUAGUAUUGUCCUGCAGUCCGACGCCCUCGACGAGAUCGAUUGGGAGUUUGUCGGUGCCGACCAGACCCACGUUCAGACCAACUUCUACGCCCUCGGUGUCAAUGACUACACCCGCGCUCGCUACUACGAGGUUCCUUUCAACCCCAUGACCAGCUUCCACACUUACACCAUUGAGUGGACCAAGGAGUCCAUCGUCUUCUCCAUUGACGGAAAGGUCUACCGCACCGCCACCCCCGCCGAGGGCAACUACCCGCAAACUCCCAUGCAGCUCAAGCUCGGUACCUGGGUCGGCGGAAAGGGCACUGCUCAGGGCACCAUCGACUGGGCUGGUGGUCUUGCUGAGUGGAGUCAGGCUCCCUAUGCCGGCCACUACCGCUCCCUCAAGGUCUGGGACUACGCCGGAGGUGACAAGGCUGGUGCCAAUCAGUACGAGUACUCCAAGGGCUCCGACGGAAAGUGGCAGAGCAUCCAGAUCGUCGGUGCUGGCGAGAAGAGCGGCAGCUCUGGCAGCGUUGGCGAUGCCAGCAAUGUUGGCAGUCCCAAGGGCGACAAGUCCAGCGACAAGAGCGGCAACAACAAGGCCCAGCAGUCCGACGUCCCGACGCAGAGUGCUAAGAACACCACCACCAUCAUCGAGACCUCAACCACCAGCGCCCCGGUCCCGUCCUUGACUGUCGCCGCCAACACCACGACCACUCAUGCUAACAGCACUUCGUCGACCCUGACGAGACUGGUCUCAAGCUCUGGAUCGCCCACUGGAUCUGUCAACGCUCAGACGACUCUUCCCUCCACAACUGGCGGCACUCCCGCUCAGACAAGCGCUCCGGCGCCCGCUGCUGCUUCCGCUUUGCAGAGCAGCUUCUUCGUUGCCGGUAUCGCGGCUUUGUUUGCUGCCAUGAUGCUGUGA